AUGUCAUUCGUCCAGUCCCUUCUCUCUGACUCAAGCAUCCCCAUCAAGGCUCGACAAGAAGCUCUCGAUCGCGCAUUUUCAGACCCCGGAAUUCCCCCUACCAAGAGCACAUCCUCUUUCUGGCUCAAAAGUCCCCAUGUGAAUCUCGCAAAAGCCCAAUCCCCAGAUCUGCCAACCUCAACAGACAUCGUGAUCAUCGGGUCCGGAAUCACUGGCGCCUCGAUCGCCCGUACGCUUCUCACCAGUGACCAUGGCAGGGACAGUCCAAAGCCUAGAAUUCUUAUGCUGGAAGCCCGCGAUAUCUGCAGUGGAGCGACAGGCCGUAACGGAGGGCAUAUCCUCGAAACAGUCGAGGAGUUCAUCGAGCUGGAGCAGUCGUUUGGACUUGAGGCAGCAAAGAAGGUAGUUCGGUUUCGACUGGCACAUUUAGAUGAGGUGCUAGCUGUGGCGGAAGAGUAUGGGCUUGUGGAGGAGGCGCAGGCGCGAAAGGUGCAGUUUCUCAGCGUUUACUUUGACGAUGAGAGAUGGGAUGAGGCGGUGCGUUCUAUAAAGAGGUUCAAGGCGUGUAUGCCGACAGAAUCGGCUGAUUGGAAGAUCUUCGAGAAGGAGAUUCCGAAGGAAUUCUGCCUUCCCUCUGCACGAAGAAUCAUCGCUGGUCCGGCCGGGGCUCUGUGGCCGUACAAAUUCGUCACUGGCGUGCUGAAUCAUUUGCGCCAUAGGUUUCCGGAUAAUCUUCAAAUCGAGGCAAAUACGCCGGUUUUUAAAAUUGACGAUACUGGUGCUGACCAACAUCGUUUCUCGGUCACCACAGCGAGAGGCACUAUAAAAUCUCAGCAUAUCAUCCACUGCACGAAUGCCCACGUCAGCCACCUCGUCCCAGGUCUCAGAGGGCGCAUUUAUCCCAUUCGCGGACAGAUGUCUGCGCAAAACCCGGGUCAGAGAUUCCCGAGUCAAGGGACAAAGCAUUCCUGGCUGUUCAACUAUGAUCGUGGAUUCGACUAUCUGACCCAGCUUCCGUCUGGAUCUGAAUCCGAAACGGCGAACAGAAUGAUGUUUGGUGGCGGGUUCGCGCGGGGAAAGGACGGCGGAAUAGCUGAUCUCGGGAUUGCCACAGACUCCGAAAUAAGCUUCUACACUGACAUUCAUCUCUCCGGGGCGCUGAGUGCUACCUUCGGACGGGAGAACUGGGGCGCUGUUCCAGGUCCCGCUGUGGAGAUGAUGUGGACGGGGAAUAUGGGAUUCAGUGCGGAUGGGUUUCCGUGGGUAGGAAGACUCCCGAGCUCUUUGACACGAAGGGGCGAGGAUACAAAUUGGAAUGGAAUGGGCAAGGAGUGGGUUACUGCGGGGUUCUCAGGCGAAGGAAUGGUGCAUGCGUGGCUGUGUGGAAAAGCGCUGGGAAGAAUGAUACUGGCGGAUGAUGGGGAGUUGAAUGAGCAGGGGGGCCUGUCUUGGUUUCCGGAGCAGAUGCUUGUAACGGAGGAGAGGGUUGAGGCUUCUGUUCUUCCUCGGAGCGUGGUGGAGAGGGCGUCUCAUUUGUAA